AUGGACAAAGAUACUCCCCAAGAUACGAACUCUCCAAUUUUGGGGCUACUACUGGAAGACGUGAACAAAAAGAUCGACAAGUUUGAAGCACAGCUACUACUAAAGGAUAUGCACCAACCAGCAAGCAGGCUUGAAGACGUGGCUCCUGAUAGGGGGUUAGCACUUUUUGUAUGGAAAUCCGAAAUCAAAAGACAAAGAGUCUUAUUGAGUGACUUUGGACUUUCAGAUGGCCACAGCUCUGUCGCUAGGAAGGGAAUUCGAAGAGACACCGGGGCACAAGAAAACAAAAAAAUUCACCAAAAUUAUCCCUACCGCUAUUCAGAGGCCAGUACAAACUCUCAAGAACAUCAUGCGGUCCAUCAAAGUCCUGGUUCUGGCCGACUCUCAGCCCGAGGUCUGCAUCUCCUAUGGAGAAGUCUGCAGCGAAAUCCUCAAAACAGAGUGCUUCAGCUUUUAUUGCAAGAACUGCUUAAUCCGCAUGGCCACGAAGUCUAUGCAAGAUGA